CAGAGGAAGUUACGCAGCCGGGAUCAGGCUCGGAGAUAAAAGCUCCGAUUGUGAUUGAAAGUGAGAGCAAAAGGGAUUUCAGCCUCGGCAUUAACUUGCCGGGAGAGCCGGGGAUUGCACAAAGCUUCCCCGGCCAUCUGCCCUUGGGGGCCGGCGGCGCAGCGGCUGCUGGCCCGGCUGGGGGAGGAGGUGGUUGUGUGUGUGGAUGCUGGGGGGUUGUAUCUGAAGGGGGGAUCCCCCAAGCCCUGAAGUUCACAGCUCCAUCGGGAGCCCCGCACCGCAGAGCUCCCUCCUCCCGCAGCCUUUCAGGCAAAAAAGGGGAGAAGGGGAGAUGGCAGCAUGGCGGCACCAAGCUCCCCCCCUCACCCCCCCGACACGGAUCAAUGCAUCACUUAACCUGGACUUUGAGCUUCGGUGAUUGAGCAGUGACAGAAAGCAGAGACCAAAGGUGCAGCCUGCUAAUGAACUCUCCCUUUGCCCUGGCCGUGACAGAGCGAGGGGACCUCAGGUAGCAGCAUGGCUUGUGGCUGAAGGCUUUGAGAGCUUGAUGCUGAGCUGCCGAGAGGCAGAGCUGGACAAAUCCUCUCCCGUGAGCGUCUCCUCGCUGCUGAAAGACAGAGGGAGAAGCAGCAAGGACAGCUCCUGCCGACUGUCCAGCAUCCUACACUAGGACCACCACGGAGCUUGCUACCAACCCAACCGUUAUGUGGAGGCAAACAUCCUUUGGGAGAGAGGGAUUUUAACUCCGGAGGACCUCCUCCUUUGUCAGAGUCGUGCCGAUGACCAGGAGCCAGAUCUUCCAUGUGCUCGUGCUCACAGGCUGCAGCAGUUAAAGGCAAACUACACUUUAAGGCACUUUCCCCAGAGAUGCAACUGCAGCAGGCAAGAAGGUUGAGGCAAACCUGAUCCAGCAGCACCCCACAGCCUCUCCAAUCCACUCCUAUCAAAUUUCAGCAGCAGCUCAGAACUUGAUCUUGCUAUUGAUUGACUGGAGUCACCUCUAGAUAUUUUCAUGCUGAUUUGGAAGCCCUUUUGGACAAUCAAAGGGGGAGGGGGGGGUGGGAAUGAGGUUAAGAAAGACUUAUGACCACUGAUCAGCAACUCCAGCCAAAACUUUCCUAACUCCCUGCUCUGCAAAGUUGGCUUCUGCGCCCAGAGAAACUCUCCACAGCCAAACAGGGUGUGCAGAGUGGGAUCUCUCCUGUUAGUAUCUGGAUCUCCUUUGACUGGAUCACUCUUAGAUGAGGAGUUUCCAUGCUGAUCCCGAGGGCAAACCCUAGCCCAGUCGCUGCCUUCCUCGGGACUCUCGGCUCUGCCCUCGCCCAGGGGUCCAGCACUUGGCCGCAGCUGCCAUGCUCUACCUGGUUGCUUUCCUCUUGCACUGCCUGCCCUUGGCCAUGGGGCAGUAUGACAUUUGCAAGUCCUGGGUGACCACGGAUGAUGGCCCAUCAUGGGAGUUCUAUGCUUGCCAGCCCAAGGCCAUGAGGAUGAAGGAUUACGUGACGGUGCGGGUGGACCCGGCAGGAAUCACCUGUGGGGACCCUCCAGAGAGAUUCUGCACCCAUGAGAACCCGUACCUGUGCAGCGAUGAGUGCGACGCCUCCAACCCGGACCUGGCGCACCCGCCCAAGCUGAUGUUCGACAGCGAGGACGAAGGCUUGGCCACCUACUGGCAGAGCGUGACCUGGCGCCGCUACCCGGAGCCGCUGCUGGCCAACAUCACCCUGUCGUGGAACAAGAGCAUCGAGCUGACCGACGACAUCGUCAUCACCUUCGAGUACGGCCGCCCCACCGUCAUGAUGCUGGAGAAGUCGCUGGACAACGGCAGGACUUGGCACCCCUACCAGUACUACGCCGACGACUGCAUGGAGGCCUUCAGCAUGCCCGCGCGGAGGGUGCGGGAGCUCUCCAGCAGCAGCGCCAACAGGGUGCUGUGCACGGAGGAGUACUCGCGCUGGGCGGGCUCCAAGAAGGAGAAGACAGUGCGCUUCGAGGUGCGCGACCGCUUCGCCAUCUUCGCGGGGCCCGACCUGCGCAACAUGGGCAACCUCUACACGCGCCUGGAGAGCGCCAAGGGCCUCAGGGACUUCUUCACCAUCACCGACCUGCGCAUGAGGCUGCUGAGGCCGGCCCUGGGCGGCACCUACGUGCAGAGGGAGAACCUCUACAAGUACUUCUAUGCCGUCUCCAACAUCGAGGUCACCGGCAGGUGCAAGUGCAACCUGCAUGCCAACCUGUGCACGUUCCGCGAGGGCAGCCUGCAGUGCGAGUGCGAGCACAACACCACGGGGCAGGACUGCGGCAAGUGCAAGAAGAGCUUCCGCUCCAGGUCCUGGCGGGCAGGCUCCUACCUGCCUCUGCCCAACGGCUCCCCCAACGCAUGUGCAGCUGCAGGCUCAGCCUUUGGCAACUGCGAGUGCUAUGGACACUCCAACCGCUGCAGCUACAUCGACUUCCUCAACGUGGUGACCUGCGUCAGCUGCAAGCACAACACCCGCGGCCAGCACUGCCAGCACUGCCGCUUGGGCUUCUACCGCAACAGCUCCGCCGAGCUGGACGAUGAGAAUGUCUGCAUAGAAUGUAACUGCAACCAGAUCGGCUCCAUGCACGACCGCUGCAACGAGACUGGCUACUGUGAGUGCAGAGAGGGAGCCACGGGGCCCAAGUGUGACGACUGCUUGCCCAACUACUACUGGAGGCAGGGCUGCUUCCCCAAUGUCUGCGACGAUGAGCUCCUGCUCUGCCAGAACGGGGGCACCUGUUACCAGAACCAGCGCUGCAUCUGCCCCGUGGGCUUCAAAGGGGUCCUGUGCCAGCAGUCCCGCUGCGAGGCCGACAAGAAGGACUGCGACGGUGCCCACGCUGCCCGCGGCAGCCUUGGCACCCUCCUCCUCACGGUGCUGGCCCUCCAGCUGCGUGCCUGGGUGGACCUCUGAAGCCACAGAGCAGGGGCCCCAGCCCAGGCGCAUCACCCGAGGGACCCCGGGGAGAGCAAGGGCACGGUUGGUGGCUCUCUCCCCACCAUCUCCCCCUCCGCCUGCCUUCACGCUGCUAGGACUUGCACAACGUCUUUCGAGCCACUUCCCAGGCAGAGAGGUGAGCAGAAAGCAGGAGCCGACUGCUGCCCAGGCCCCCAUCCUCGGUGGCAGCUGAGGAGGGCACAGCGCAGAGCUGCCUGCCGAGCAGCAGCAUGGGGACUGCACCCGAGCCACGGCCCCGCCGCCCACGGCCAUCCCCUCCGAGCAGCAGCAGCUCUCCCUCCCGCUCCGCACGGGGCCGCGGGGCUCCGCUGACAGCAGUGCCACCCCCCGAGGGGUUUUUUUAUUGCUCCUUUCCUUACUUUGGUACGGGCUGGGAUGUCCUUUUCAUCUGUCCUCUUCUUAGCGUCCUGUCUUGCAGGAGCCAGUCGUGACCACACCAUCACACAACCGGCAGGGGAAGGGGAGG